AUGCCGCGUACUACAUUACGCAACUCGUGCGACCGCUGCCACAAGUCCAAAGUCAAGUGUGUGUAUGACUUUUCCGAAGGAUUCGGCUGCACGCGGUGCCGCACUCGGUGCCUGGAGUGCGUGCGCAGCCCCUGCAAGCCUUACGGCCGACGACCAGGCUCCAGGAACCAGCAAAACAAGCAAACCAAAGACGAGCCGAGCGCAUUGGACAACCGAGCGGCGGGGCCCACGUCCGCAUCGCUCCCACCAACCGCAUGGUCCGGAGGAACGACGACCAGGGCAACGGCGGCAACGACACCGCCGCCGCCGCCGACGACGACGACGACGAUGACAACGUCCCCACCGAGCCCCGACCGUACAUUCAGAGGAGGCCUUGAAACCGCUACUGCAGAGGGUCCAUUCCCCGAAACGCACCAAUGGCAGGCGCACCCGCACACCACCACUACCAAGCUAAGCGUCGCCGUCGCCGACACCGUCGACACCGACCAAUUGAUCAUCCCGCCGACCGACUGGCCGCUCACCAUCGCGUGCAGCAGCCUCAGCAGCAGCACCGGCUUCCUGCUGCUCCACCCCGCUUCCCCCGCCACGUCCGCAGCCUCCUCCUCCACCCUCGAAUCGCGCCAAGGCGUCGACGGCACCACCGCCCCCUCCUCCCCCUCUUCUGCCUCCUCCUCCCCUCCGACGGCCUCGACCCCCUCCUCCGAUACCCCCAUCUCCGAUACCCCCACCGACCCAUUUAAACGCCUCGGGCACGCCGCGUCCCCGCCCCUCCGCAGCAGCGGCUGCGGCUGCCCGUGCGCGCCCAGCCUCGCCACCGCCAUCGACCGCCUCUCACGAUGCAGCGGCGGCGGCGACGGUGGCCAGCUUGCCGCCGGCGCGGCUGAAGACGGCACGGCGUGUCUGGCACGGUUCGUCGAGUGCAGCCGCCGCCGGCACCGUCACCGGAUGCGUGACGGCGAGGGCGACGGCGACGAUGGCAGCAGCAGUUCAGCCGGGAUGCUCAUGUUGCUGCUGGCGGCGGCGUUUCUGGCGCAGAACGUCCUGGAUGUCGUCUGCGGCGAGGUGGUGAGGGUGAGGAGGGAGACGUACGGCGGCGGCGCGCUGCGGCGGCGGCGGGAGGUGCAUGUGCGGAUUGGCGGGUUCGACGACGACGACGACGACGACGACGACGGUGGUGCUGGGGAUGGGCGGUGGCGGUGGCGGGGUGUUUUGCUGGCGCUGGGGCGGCUGGAGCCGGUUGUGGAGGCGUUGGGUGGCUGUGUUGCGGAGGAGGAGGAGGAGGAGAAGGUGGACGAGGAUGAGGACGAGGUGCAGCAGCGGGACGAACGGGCGGGCCGGGGCGUGUGUGGGGUGGUGGUGAAGGCGGUGCGCAGGCGGUUCGGGGCCGUGCGUGAGGCGGCUGCAGAGGAGCUGCUGAGGGGGCGGCGCUGA